AUGCUCUCGACUAGUAGCCUGCCUACCGCCCUCUACGACCACCUCGCCGAGAUUAUCAGGCCGUACCUCGGGAAAAUUAUUUUUGACUUCAUCUGGCGGAAGAAUGUGGAAGAACCCCCAGCCAAGGCGGUGAAGGCCGAAGAGAUGUCUACAGACGAGGCGGAAGGCGAAGAAGCCAUCGAAGUGGCGCGGGCAGCAGAUGGAGAUGAAGAAUUCCAAAGAGCAGUGUCACCAUUCGUGAUUGUGCUUAAUGAUUCGUCGGACGAAAUGGAAGAGCAACCGACAUUCAGUGGCACUCUCGCUGUUGAGAUCCAAGGUCUCUUCAUCAAGUUGCAGCUCGUCGGUAGUGACCAAUGCGUCUGGAUGAACAUGGGCUCAGAAGAUUUGCAGCCCCUUGGCUAUGCCAACAAACACGAGCCUUUCCGGUAUUUGCCUCCGAAGGACGUGGCCGACGCCCAAGACUGGAACUCUCCCGCCGACAUGCUGCCUUUCCUGCGAGAUUUGGAACAAAAAAUAGUGCGGGAUCGCGUUGAGCUGCUUGAUACUUACGGCACAGAUCGCCUGCGCGUCGGCACUGUCAAGGAGACGCGUGCCAACCGGGUGUUGGUGGAGCUGGACAUGCGAUACUACCUGCCAAAUGAUGACCCAAAUCUCACAGCAAAUGACACGCAGCUGCCUCGCACGGGAACCAAUUGGGUGGAAGAAGACUCGCCGCUGCUCUUCCACGUCGGCUGGGCCAAUCUCUCGAAUUACCGUCUUCUUGUCAGCAAUAGCCUUGUCCGCGGCAGACACUAUAAACACCGAGCACGCGUCGUAGCUGAUGCCAUUCAAGCAUCCCAAAAGAAUCCCGACAAGCCCGCCGUGAUCAAGAUGAUGGAUGGGGAUGCGAGGCCCGGAAUCGUCUUCUCACAUUGCGCUACUGAACCGAAAAAUCGUUACCCGGAUGCGGAUCCGAGCUUGUUUGCAAAAGUGCCACACGACGACCAACAGAUCAAGACCAUGUUUCCGAUCGGAUCAUUGGUGGAAACCAACUCCAUCGACGAUCCUGAAUUUUUCUUCCCCGCUCGAGUGACUGGCCACAGGGUCGUC